GUUUAAUAAAAGACCCAUAACUGAGCCCGCAACCUUCAACCCUAACUUUACAAAUAGAACAUCUCUUUCUGUGUCUUAGGUUUUAGUUGUAGCCGCUGCAUCUGAACGAAACACAGAGGGAGAGAGAGUGAGAGAAGCAGUAAUUCAUCACAAUGGGUAAGGUUCACGGAUCUCUCGCACGUGCGGGGAAAGUGAGAGGACAAACUCCCAAAGUGGCGAAGCAAGACAAGAAGAAGAAGCCACGCGGACGUGCUCACAAGAGAAUGCAAUACAACCGCCGAUUCGUCACCGCCGUGGUGGGAUUCGGAAAGAAGCGUGGACCAAACUCGUCGGAGAAGUGAGGGAGGCGUUUGGAAGAUGAUGGUUUUUCUUAGUUUGCGAAAUGUAUCACCUCUUUUUAUUUGAUUGAUGAACUCAAACUUUGAUAGUUCUGAUUAAGCUUCAAUGAAGGAGUUUUUUGCUAGUUAAUAUCAAACCACAUUUUUCUUUCUCACUGGCAAUUGUGUAAGAGUUUCUUCUACACAAGAUUGUGUUGUUUUAUUUCUGUUUGAAAUUGGAAAUAGUGGUGCAAGUAGCCAAGUGGGUAAACAGGGAAUACCAAGUUUUAGAUUUUGCA